AUGCGCGUUCCCCGAGUAGGACUCGGGAUCUCGGGCGGGAUCGACUCGGCCGUUUCGGCGUAUCUGUUGAAAAAGAAGGGAUAUGACGUUGUUGCCGUGAAUAUGAUCAACUGGGACCCACGCGAAGAGGGCACCUCCCACUGCGAUCGAAGCCACGACGAGGCGGUAGCCAAAAGAGCCUGCCAGCACCUCGAUAUCCCCUUCCAUUCCGUCAAUUUCGUGCAGCAGUACUGGAAUCAAGUGUUUAGCCAAAUGGUCGACAACUAUCGCCUCGGCCGCACGGUCGUCCCGGAUAUCGCCUGCAAUCGGCACAUCAAAUUCGAUCAUUUUCACAAGUUUUGCAGAGAGACCCUCAACGCCGACUACAUCGCCACCGGCCACUACGCCAGUACUUCAAGGGAAGAGCUGGGCGACCUUGCGGAGAUUCCUGAAGACCAAAAAGUCGAUCUACUCCAAGCCAAGGAUCCGCUGAAGGACCAGACGUUCUUUCUGUGUACUCUUGACCAAGCCCAACUACGACGAUCGUUAUUCCCGCUGCGAAAUAUCACGAAAAAUGAGGUUUACGAAAUUGCGAGAAGAGAGGGGCUGAACGAGGUGGCCGAGAAAAAGGAGGGAAACUUGCAGAAA